CUCACCUCACCAUAACAACACUCACUUCCAAACAUCAUGACCAACGACCACAACACCGCGACGUCUAUGGCCCAAUACCAAAAAAUUGGCCAAGGCUUCUGUGGCACCGUCUGGGCAUCUGGCACCACAGGGCCCGCAUUCAAGCGCGAAGACGGCGGCCCUAGCAGAUCACUAGAGAACGACUACCAGAUGCACCAGAUCGUCCAGCACAGCCUGAACCAGACAACCAUCAAAAACAGCCAUCUCCGAGUUCAAGUCCCAGACUGUCAUCGCUUUAUCAGACCCGAUACUGAGGCAGAUCAAGAAUGGUGGAGAGACCACCUCCACCGCUUCCCGCCUGGAUACGCCCCCUGCAAUACGCUCCAGUCGCAGCGCAUUCCGCCAUUCCCGCUGCAUACUAGGGAGUUGCUUGUCAGCAGAUUCUGUCCGGUAGAUCUUGGAGAGGAAAUUUUGAACAGCAAGGCUAAUGAGGACUGUCUCAUCAGACCGUACCUUGGACGGAGACGGAUCCGCCAGCAUGGCUCAACGCCCCUUGGUUCUGCUCCACGACGUCGGGUGAGACCGUUCUUCUCGCUGCGAAAUUAUCCCCUUCAUGAGGAUCAGAUGGAAGAGUUGGGAAUCCCGGCUAGGGAUAUCCGGCUCUAUGCGCGAAUGAUGGCAAACGCCCUGGCUACUUUGCAUUGGGUGGGCGAGAUCGACGCGAACGAUGUCGAGUUUGUGCUUGCUCCUCCUCCUCCUACUACUUCCACUCAAAGCACACAAAACCCCUCCAAUGUAAUCUUCAAUGUGUUUGGUAGCCACACCAUGUGGAUUUUAGAUUUCGACCUGUGCAGGAGUCUCCCUAUCAACGCAGCAGGCAUGGAGCAAGCGGCGACGGCUUUUCUGCGCAACGAUCCGUUUUAUCCUCGUCCGGGCAGAGAUGAUCCAGGGUUAUGGAGUGUUUUCCGCGAACAGUACCUUCGAACUGCUGAGGAGUGUUGUUGUCGGUUGACGGUGGGUUGUUCGUCGGAGGGGAAGAAGCGGUUGUUGCUUUCGAGGCUGUUUGUUGAGUUGGUUGAGAAUGGGCAUUAGAUUACCUUUGUGUUUGACAACUAAUAUUCUGUCGUUGAGCUGGAGAGAAGGAGAUGUUGCAAACUCUGUACCUGUAUUUUAGAAACGGGGGUCUCGGGUUGAGUUUAUUGAGGGUCUCGAAGCAAUAGAUAAGGUCUAUCUCCAGUGGCAGAC